AUGAAGAGAGCACGUGCACGGAAACAGCCAUGCACCAUAAAGGAACUGGAAGUCAGAGUCAGCGAGUUGGGGCUGGGAUAUGUAUCAGACGAGACAGUUCUGUUCCGCUAUUGCAGUGGUACAUGCGACGCUGCUGUGCGCAACUACGACCUCUCUUUACAGAGCAUUCGAGGAAAGAAGAAAAUAAAAAAAGAAAAAGUGAGAGCAAGACCUUGCUGCAGGCCUCUAGCAUACGAUGAUGAUAUUUCUUUUCUGGACUCCAAAAAUCAUUAUCAUACUAUCAAAGAGGUCUCAGCUAAAGACUGUGGCUGCGUCUGA